GUGAGUGAGUGAGUGAGUGAGUGAGUGAGUGAGUGAGUCAAAGUAAACUGCAGUGUGUUUGUUCAUGUUAAUGAAAGAACUCAUUGCAACAGUGACACUCAUUGAUGAGUUUUCAUGGUAUUUGUUGACAAUAAGAAACAAUAUCACCAGACUUUACCUUUUAAAUGAACGACUACCUGCCACCAUGACUUAUUUAUGUCCAUUAAUAACACAAUCUGGUCGACGUUGUGUUUCCCCCAAAAACACACUGCACCUGUUGAAGCAGAACAUGUGUAGGAGAUGAGGUCACACGAUGACAUCACAGUUUUUAAAGUGGUGAUAACGAGAAUCGGAUCAAUUUUUUUUUGUCCCUGACAGUUAAUAAUAAUAACCUGUUUUAUUUGAAGUGGCUGCUGCUCACUCCGCCUCCAACAUGAUCUGAUACUGUUAGCGAGCUCAUCGCUGCUUCUGAAGACAACUUGUAUUAAUGUGGAGAACAUGUUUGUUCAUAACAACAGACUAGUUUCUUGCUUUUGCAUUUUGUGCCUGUUUGUUUUUAAUUUCCACAGUUUGUUUAAUAUGUUCAAGAAGGUCUACGAUGUGUUGACUGUAGUCAUUAACGACUAAGCUUCAGUGUGGAGUUCAGGUUCAUGGUGGUUUAGUCGUAAACCACAGUUAUCAUCCACACAAGUGUUUAAGAGGCUGUUCACUCAAAUCACACAAAACAUUUGUUCAUCGAUGCCUUGUGGAAUCUUAAGGAUGGAAUAUUAGAGAAAUAUGAGAUUUAUACAAUAAAGAUGUAAUAUUCUGAGAAAAAAAGUUGUAUAUCGUUAAAAUAAAGUUGCAGUUAUGAUUUAACAAACAGUCAUAAUGCAUAUAAAGUUGGACUUAUCAAGAAAAAGGUUUUAAUGAAAAUAAAGUGAGAAGAAUGUUAAAUAUCAGUUGUUUCUGAAAGGCUUAACGUUACUGCUAUUGGUGAAAAAUACAUUUAUUGUUUCAACAAUGAAGACAGUAUUUUGAAGAAGUUUUGAAUAUUAUAAGAUUGAAGUAGUUAUAUUCCAAAGAAUAAUACACAAAUAAGAGCAGCACCUGAGUACUUUCCACCAUUGUUCAUGACCAUAAACUUUAUUUUUUUGCAAAAUAUUGACUUUUUUUAUUCUAUUUGGGUCCUAGAUGUAGUCUCUAGUAGGUAUCCUGAAAUCAUCAAUAUAAUAGCAUUAAAUAAUGGUUAACACUUGAUGUGAUCUUCCUCUCAGUGUCAACUGAGGACAUUUAUUUCCGGUUUGUAUUUCAGAUUUGCCUUUGAGGCAGUACUCGGGACAUAAAACAGCCAAGCCGUUUAUUUUGACUGGUUGACCGGCGCAUGCGCACUUCGCCUUUUCUUGACUGAACGAAUACAACCGUUCUGUAGGCAAUUUUUUAAACUUGAAUUAUUUAAUUAAUGUAAGUGUUCGCACACGACCCUCUGGAGUAAACCGGCGGUUCUUGACGUUUUUGACCCGAGAUCUGAAACACCAGAGUCCGGUUUUGGAAAUAAGUGAUUAAAGGAAGCAGGAGGACAAUAAAAACGCCAUAGUGAACCACCACCAACACACACACACACACACACACACACACACACACACAGAGACCAUGUGGUGGUUCCAGCAGGGUCUGUGCUUCCUGCCUGCGGCGCUGGUCGUCUGGACGGCGGCGUCCUUCAUCUUUGCUUACAUCACAGCGGUGGUGCUGAGACACGUGGAUCCUCUGGUGCCUUACAUCAGCGACACAGGAACGAUGGCACCAGAGAGGUGUGUGUUCGGCAUCAUGCUGGAUGUGUCCGCUUUUUUAGGUAUGGCCACAGUGUACGUGCGGUACAAACAGGUGGAGGCUCUGACGGGUGAAGGCGAAGGCGAGCUCAAGCUGAACAGAAUGAACCGCUUCGGGCUGCUGCUCGGCCUGAUCAGCUCCUUCGGGAUGGCCGUGGUCGCCAACUUCCAGAAGACCACGCUGUUCUCCAUGCACCUGGUGGGGGCGGUGCUGACCUUCGGGGUGGGGGCUCUCUACAUCCUGGUCCAGACGGUGCUCUCGUUCCACAUGCAGCCUCACAUCCACAGCAGCACCACCUACCUGCUGCGGCUCGGCAUCGGGCUCUGGACUCUGAGCAGCAGCAUCAGCAUGUUCGUGUCAUCGGUCAUCAUGUACGCCAGUCUGCCCGGAGUGGACGUCCCUCAGAAACUGCACUGGACUCCUGGAGAGACGGGUUACACGGCUCACAUUAUCAGCACCGUGUCUGAAUGGUCUCUGGCCUUCUCCUUCAUCAGCUUCUUCCUCACCUACAUCAGAGAUUUUCAGAAAAUAACUUUGCGAGCAGAAGCAGAUUUGCAGAGCAGCCACCUGUACGACGCCUGGCCACACGGGGGCGGCGCAUCGCCGCAUCUCAAACACGACGCCUCCGAGUCGUCUCCGCUGCUGGCCGGAGGAACGUGACCGGCUGCACAGCUUCCUGCUGCUUUUAACUUUCUCUAAUCAUGUUUAAAUGAUCAGUAGACCCAAAAAACAUGUCCUCCCUUCACCUUUACUGGUUUCUGUCCAGUCACAUAGUUUGGAGAGAUUUCUGCCUCCAAAACAAAACAGGUUUAUUAUUUACUAAUAAAAUAUAUAGUUUUAAAAUUGAGUUUUGGCAGCAUUUAAACAUGACGAAUAAAAUCUGAACUAUCAGACUGAGGAGAUAAUAGAGUUCUGCAGGAAUGAGUCCUAAAAGAUAAAAUAAGGUCUGUGGUUCACACAAGUUUAAGAGAUUUUAACGCUUUGCUC